CGCCGCCGCCAUGGAGCGGCGCGUGGCGGAGCAGCUCCGCAGCACGCUGGGCCCGCUCGGCCUCGAGGCGCACGCCUUAAAGGUUGGGUGGUACAAUGCUGUUCUCCAGCCAGCCUUCCACCUCCCCUACCCAGAUGACACGCUGGCCUUCGUGGUCCUCAGCACGCCGUCCAUGUUCGACAAGGCCCUUAAGCCUUUUGUGAGCAAAGAACGGUUAAAAAUAAUCAGGGAUCCUGUGGAUCAGUGUGUUUCCCAUCAUUUGUCAAGUCUGAAGGAGAAAUUCCCUGACCAGAGGGUGGAUAUCAUGUUUGAUUACGAGCUGCUGCCGAGCCGAAAGCCCAAGUUCCUGGCACAGACAGCUGCCCACGUUGCUGGAGCUGCAUAUUACUACCAAAGGAAGGAUGUGAAGCUCGAUCCUUGGGGGAAAAAGAAGAUCUUUGGCGUUUGUAUCCAUCCCAAGUACGGUGGCUGGUUUGCUAUCCGAGCUCUGCUGCUCUUCCCGGCCAUCCAGGUGCCGUUCCUGGAGCAGCCCCGCCCUGUGGACUGUGUGAGCUCCGAGGAGAAGAGGAUUGAGCUGCUCGAGCAGUUCAAUUUCCACUGGCAGGACGGCCGCUACAGGGACAUCAUUGAAGUGAAGGAGAGGUACUCGGAGGAGCAGAAAACCUACUUUGCCACUCCUCCAGCCGAGAGAUUGCGGCUGCUGGGGCUCUCGCAGGAAGCGCAGAGAAUCGCAUUUCACUGAGAAAGCGGCUCCGCGAGGGCAGAGGGCAGCAAAGGGCAACUCGUGAGCGCGGCAUUUCCCGCUGCCGAGGGGGAGGAGGAGGAAGGUUAUGCUGGUACAGACGUGGCAAAUCCGAGCAGCCUCAAUGCAAACAUUGCAAUCAAAGCUUCCCUGAGAGAGGAGCACUGCUCUGCCGUCUGUGCUGUGCUGCUGCUGAUCUGGGGUGGAGCCCAGUAAGCUGCCAUUAGCCUUUGGUUGGGAGUAGUUUAGACAUCCUGGCAAAUUUAAAUCCAUGCUACUUGGAGUAGUUUAGACACCCUGGCAACUCCAAAAUCCAUGCUGCUUAUUAGAAAAAUCACUUUUGUUCUCAAUAAUUUUCUUUCUGAAUGUUCAGUUUUUAUUCUUUGUAGGUGUAAAAAAAAAAUCAAUCAUUGAACUACUUAGUUAGAUUUUGUCUAAACUUGGGGCAGGUACUUUUUUAGAUGUUGCCAGCAUUUUAUUAACCCUCCUUAGGGAACACAUGUCCAGUCUUUACAGCCUUGCCUAGGUCACAUUUAAGCAUUUAUCCAUUCAUAGAGCUGACUGGAAUGAAUAUUUGGAAAGAUGCUGAGUAAUGUCCAUAUGAUUGGAGGUUUUAUUCACAUUAAGAUAACUGACUGAAAAAGACAAUUCUCGUGGCCUUUUCUAAGAUAGACCACAUUUGUGUUAAAAGUAUUUUUCAGUGCCAGCACACAGCACACCCCUCCCCACAGUUACUGCCACAGUUUCCUGGUGUGUUUUCUUUGUGGGAAAGAUUGUAAACCUGCACACAUGUAAAAGCCAUGGCACAAGGCCUUGUCACAUGCACAGGCAAACAAGCACAGAAGAAAGGGAAAUAUUAAUGACAUUUAUGUUACUUAUAUUGCUGGAUUAAACACGUUCAGACAGAAGCAACAUUUUUUCCAUGACUUUGUCCUGUUACAUUUGUUCAGAGGCUGCAAUGCACCUGGAAAUCAGGAAUUAAUUUCUCUUUGAGCAAUUUGAGGCUCAGACCUCGUUAAAGUAAUAUAAUACAUUAAAUUAAUAUUUUGUGGGAGUUGUUUUACUAGACUGCAGUGCAAUGCUGCAAAUGGACAGGCACUUUUUUCCUUUUGAGGGUACUAACAUGAUGAAGAAAUACUCACUUUGCAGAACUGAGCCCUUUCUUUUUACGUUGGGAUUCUUCAAAGCUUUGGAGACUCCACCAGGACGGUUGCCCUCACCAUUGUUCACUGCUUCAUACAGUUGCUCACAGUCAGUACACUAACUCAUUGUAAUCCAAAUUCAGGAUAACAAGUUUGCUGCCCUGUAAACAGAGUCGUGAGCGUGUGAUCACUGGGUUUGUUCACUACAUUUGCUGUUACAAAAAAGUCUUUGUUGCUUUCCAUGCUUUGUUCAUCUCUGACUAAGGCAGACACCUGACAUAGAAUGUGAUAGAGGUAUUGUGAUGUUUAAUUUAAGGUAAAGAAUGAAAUUUGUUUAAAAUCUGUUUUGUUACAGAAUUACUCCUGCUUCAAAUUUGUUUGAUGUUUCAGAACUUUGAAACUGAACUGUAAUUUACCAGGGGCUUGAGGUAAUGGCUCAUACUCAUAACAAAGACAAAAUACUGAUUCACUUAGAAGGAUAAAUAUAGAUUUGAAUCAAAUCUAUCUUUUUAUAUUACAAUUUAAAGUAAAUUAUUUUGAUCUUUUGGUAUUGAUUUCUUACAAAUAUUUAAUAUUUUGUCUUAAUUUAUUAAACAGAUUACCGUGGUCAAUGCAUUUCAAUUUCUGUAAUUUAUUUCUCUUCAAAUGGUAUUUUGGUUACUAAAUAUACAAAGUUGUAAGUAAA